AUGUCCCAGCAGAGCUCGCUCAAAACAUCGACCGUCGUCGCGCUCGGCGUCGGCACCGUCGUCGCCGGCCUGCUCGCGUACGCCGCCUACUUCGACAACAAGCGCCGCAACGACCCCGAGUUCCGCAAGGCCCUGAAGAAGGAGAGCAAGCGCACCCAGCGCCAAGCCAAGGAGGACGCCGCCCACCAGGGCGCCGCCCAGAAGCAGGCCAUCCGCGAGGCCGUGGCGCUGGCCAACGAGGAGGGCUUCCCCAAGGACCCCGAGGAGGUCGAGGCCUACUUCAUGCAGGAGGUGGCCCAGGGCGAGGGCCUGGUGCAGAAGGGCGCCGACAACGUCGAGGCCGCGCUGUGCUUCUACCGCGCGCUCAAGGUCUACCCCAACCCGCGCGAGCUGAUCAACAUCUACGACAAGACGGUGCCCAAGCCCGUCCUCGACAUCCUCGCCGAAAUGAUCGCCGUCGACACAUCCAUCCCCGUCGGCGACAGCAAGACGCCGUCCGAGUCGGGGUCUGCCGGCGACCUCGAGUAG